GUGAGCUUCCUGGGGAUGUAAAGAGGCAGACAGAGAGAGCAUCUGAACUUUUUUGCCAACCAGCAGCAGAGCUAAUUCUGGGUUUCACAUCUGAAGAACAAUGGCUACGAACUGCAAUCAGUCCUUCUCGGACAUCCAGAUAAACUACCUGGGACCGGUGUACGGGGUGGAGUUUGUAUUGGCUCUGUUAGGGAAUGGCUUUGCAAUCUGGCUCCUUGGAGUGUCAAAGGAUCGUCAUGCAGGCAUCAUCUUUUCUCUCAAUCUGGCAGUAAGCGACCUCUUGUACGCAUUGUCAUUGCCUCUACUAGUGGCCUAUUACGUAAUGAAGAAGAACUGGACUUUUGGUGCUGCAUUGUGCAAGAUUGAACGUUUUCUUUUCAACUUUAACCUCUACAGCAGCAUAUUUUUCAUCACUUGUAUUAGUGCUAACCGCUGUUUGGGUAUUGUGUACCCAUUCUAUGCCAGGGGGAGGGUUGAGAGCAAACAUGCAAAGUUUGUUUCUUUGGGUGUAUGGAUCCUGGUAGCAAUAAUCUCUUCGCCAGUAUUUGUCUUCUCAGAAUUGGAGGCCACCUCAAAUGGGCAGGAGUGCAUAGGAACAGCUCGGAGCAUCAAUCUGAGCUCUUACAUGCCAUAUAGCCUUUUUCUGGCUGGGUUUGGUUGUGUUCUUCCGUUUCUUAUUACGUUACUGUCCUACAUUGGAAUUGCACGUGCGGUGUGGAAGAGCCACAGCUUAGAAUCACGGGAGAAGAUGAAAGUCAUCUAUAUGGUGUGUAUAGUCAUUGCUCUUUACUCCAUCUCCUUUCUACCAUAUCACAUUCUGAGAAACCUCAACCUCUACAACCGAAUGAGCAAGCCAGAUUGCCGGUGGUCGCGGCACAUUCAUUCGGCUUUUCAGUUGACCAGAGCUCUUGUGGCCCUGAACCCUUGUAUCCAUCCACUAUUGUAUACUGCUGUGAUGAACAAUGUCAGAGAAAGGUUGGGAUGCUGCCAGAAAAACAAAGUAUCCAAAUCAGAGGAAGACUGCCAUCUCUAAGCCUUUUGCUUACUUUGGGCACUUGGAAUGGCUAAAGUCUUUAUUUAGCUGGACUUUAAAAGGCCAUGGAUGGCACAUGGAAUGAAUGAAAAUAAAUGUGUGAGAAAGUGAUCAAGAAGUAACAGGUGCAGGUUAAAAAAAAAGUUUUGUAAAUGUAUGUAGGUGAUUUAAACAUGAGCAGUUACAACACAGAGGAAAAUAAAAAUGUAAACCUAGUUAGAAACAUGGUUAGUACAUAGGCCAUAUACACAGAAAACAUGAGAUAUAAACAUAUGGAGCUUAGUCUGCCACGGCUAAUAAUCAUCUCAUUUUGAUAAAUCAUAAGCCAGUUGUGAUUAACCUUCUAAAAUGAUCUGUAUGUGCAAACGUUGGAAGGACACCCACCCAAUUUAUGCAACACAGGAAAAAAAAAAUAUCCUUCAUGCUUUGGUGACUCCCAGUAAAAAUAAAUUUGACAGAUUACAGUGGGU